AUGGACUGGGAAUCCCUCGCAACGAAGAAGAGGAGUGACCUCGAGGCGUCAAUUCCUCCAGAAUGGCGCAUCAAAAUUCACCCCGCUGACGGCUCUGUCAUGUCAUUCCCAAGGACGAGUGGACACCUCACACCGGAAGAACUGGUUAUUACUGAAUGCUCAGCUACAGAGUUGGUUCAAAAUCUAGCUACUGGAAAGCUUACCUCAGUUGCGGUCACCAGGGCGUUUUGCAAGAGAGCCGCGCUGGCGCAUCAGUUGACGAAUUGCAUUCAUGAGUUUUUCCCCGAUAUUGCGCUAGCCAGAGCGCAGUAUCUGGAUGGUUACUUUGCAGAGCACAAGAAGCCAAUCGGGCCAUUGCACGGACUGCCCAUUUCAUUGAAAGACCAACUCCGCGUAAAGGGUCUUGACACUACUAUGGGUUAUGUUUCUUGGAUUGGAAAGAAGGAUAACGAUAAUUCUGUCCUUACGACCAUGCUUCUCAACGCUGGUGCAGUACUCUACGUCAAGACCUCUGUACCCCAAAGUCUGAUGGUGUGCGAGACCGUCAAUAACAUCCAUGGCCGUACCACGAAUCCGCGAAACAAGAACUGGUCUUGUGGAGGGAGCUCUGGGGGAGAGGGCGCUAUCGUUGCAUUGCGUGGCGGUGUGAUAGGGGUUGGAACUGACAUUGGUGGCUCGAUACGAGUUCCGGCAGCCUUUAAUUUCCUUUACGGUCUCCGACCUAGUCAUGGCCGUCUUCCCUACGCUAAGAUGGCCAACAGCAUGGAAGGACAAGAGACGAUCCACAGCGUAUGCGGACCACUUGGCCAUUCCGUAGCUGACAUGCGACUCUUUGUUACAUCUGUUCUCUCUCAGGAACCUUGGUCCUACGACUCAAAGGUUAUUCCAAUGCCGUGGCGACGAGACGAAGAGGAGACUAUCAAGACCAAGAUAUCCUCCAGUGGAUUGACUCUAGGUUAUUAUUCAUGUGACGGCAACGUUAUGCCUCAUCCACCGGUUCUACGAGCAGUUCAAACUGUUAUCAAUAAGCUCAGUGAAGCUGGGCAUACAGUUCAUCCUUGGGAACCUUACAAGCAUGCACAUGGUGUUAGCCUUGCCAAUCGCAUAUACGCGUCUGACGGGGGAGCUGAUAUAUUCGGUGUUCUCAAAGCUUCUGGAGAGCCAGCAAUCCCGAAUAUCGCCGAUCUAGUGAGCCCAAACCUGCCAAAGAUGAACGUCAAUGAGCUUUGGGAUGUGCAGCUUCAGAAAUGGGAUUACCAAUGCGAAUAUCUUUCCAAAAUCCGUCAAUUUGAAAAGGAGCUUGGCAAAGAGCUAGAUGCUAUCAUUGCUCCUAUUACGCCUACCGCGGCUAUCCGACAUAAUAAAUUCAAGUAUUACGGAUACGCCAGUGCUAUCAACAUUCUCGAUUUUACUAGCGUCGUGGUGCCAGUCACGUAUGCUGACAAGGCUAUCGAUGUCAAAAACGAGAAGUUGAAGCCGCUGUCAGAUAUUGAUAAGACUGUGCAGGCUGAAUAUAACCCGGCAGAGUAUCAUGGCGCACCGGUGGCAGUGCAGAUCAUAGGAAGGCGAUUGACUGAGGAGAGAGUGAUGUGUAUCGCCGAAGAAGUAGGGCGUCUACUUGGGAACGAGGUAACACAGUAG